AUGGAGCAGGUCAUGGAUGUGAGCUGGAUGACCCAUGGCAAAGACAGGCUAGGCAAGCAUUCUACGAAAUGGAACUCGUUGUCUCAAGCUAGUGAGACGAGUGUGCCGCCAGUCCAGCCUCUAGAAUCUUCGACUCCAAGUACGGUUAACGGCAAUUCAACAUCAGGCGCUGGCGCACCAUCACCCGCACAGUCUUCGCAGUCACCAACGCCACCAAAGCCGAUACCUGAACGAGCUGGGACGUACGAGGAGAAGAGGCCUACGAGUGCAAAUGGGACGUCGCCGGGUAGGAGGGGAUCGUGGUUCUCCAAGAUCUCCUCCCAGUUUUCUUCAACACCUGGCGCUACACCACCUCCCGCCGCUGCUUCCCCACAACCUACGAGCGACGACGUUUCGCCUCUCCCUAAGAUAAAUCCCAAUAAGAACGCUGUGCUUCCACAUGCAACAAGACAGUCUGGGGAAGGCCCAUAUGUUCCGGCGCCACCCAGGUCAGCGCAGCCAGGGUUUCUGGGAGUGCUUCGACGACUAUCCUCGUCAAACGGGUCUCUCGCUGCAGGAAAGAAUCACCAUGGCUUAGUGGAACGGAAAGUGCUGAAUGUCGAUAAGAAGCGCGAAAGGCCUCGGUUGAACGACUUAAAUCCGUCAAAACUCCGUCGCGUCGCUUUCUGUGUCGAUGUUGAGAUCGCACCAAUGCCAAAAUACGCCGGGUCGGAAACAGUGUGCAAGGGUUCUGCAGACAAGGACAAGACGCAAAAACUCAAGAGCACAGAAAAGAGCGAGGGUGACGCUCUGAAACGCCCAAAGACGGCGGAGGAGCAGAAAGAGGCCACUGGCGAGGACCUACCAAAACAGACUGAGAAACAGGAAAAUGCGACGACAAAUGGAGCACCGAAAGCGAAUGGACAGGAGUCCACCGACGAGCCGAAACCUGAAAAAGAAGUAUCCCGUAAGAAGGAAAAGAAGAAGAAGAGUGAGGCUGAACGGAAAGCGAAAAAGGAGCAAAAGCUGAAAGAGGCUCUUGAAAAGGGGGCAAUUCCAAUGGAGAUUCAUCUCGACAGCGACUCAUCCUCAGAAGAAGCAACGGCUCCAAAAGGGGCUCACAAGCCUCAGGUUAUCCCAACGACGAAUCCUGCUCGCAUAUACCGGAGAUGCUGCCAGUUACGAGAAACGGAUAUUUUGACCAAAAUCACGACUCAGCUGCCCAAGACUACCGAUGGCUGCGGCGUUGUAGAAAGGUUAGACCUCACGGGGUAUUUCAUGUCCUUACCGGAUUUGGUGACACUGGGAGACUUCCUCGCCGUCGUGCCUGUGAAAGAGGUCAUCCUGGAGAAUUGCGGCUUGACGGACGAAGGGGUCCGAGUUGUUCUCGCUGGGUUACUAGCCUCGAGGAAACCCAACACUAGGCAAAGGAGAUCCAUCACGAAAGCUGCAGAUCUGACCCAACAGGGUGGCGUUGUGGAGGGGCUUGUCCUUAAAAACAACAAACUCGGGGUUGAGGGCUGGAAACACAUCUGCCUGUUCAUUCACAUGUGCCGCUCAAUCAAGUGCCUCGACCUCUCCAGUAUCGCAUUUCCCGCUCUAUCUGAACCUCCCAAAACACCAUUAUCUCAACAUCUUCAUUUCCACAAUGGCCAUAACCCGGUGGCCCCCGUCGAUUUGUCAAUUCUCCUUUCCAAAGCACUUGGUGAGCGACUGGCCGGUUCAGAGCUUGAACUUCUUAACAUAGGCGAAACGGGGAUAACGACAAGUCAGCUCGGCAACAUAAUCGAUGGUGCGCUCAAGUCGGGUAUAUCCCGAAUUGGACUUGCGAACAAUGACUUGGAUAUCCAAGGACUAGAACAGGUCGCGAAGUAUCUUCGGGGAGGGAAGUGCCAAGGCAUCGAUCUUGGCGGCAACGACUUGAGAGACCAUCUUGAAGUGAUUGCUGAUGCCGUUGAUGAGAACGACGCGACCUUCUGGGCACUCAGCCUGGCUGACUGCAACCUCAAACCAGGCUCUUUAUGCAAGCUCUUCCCAAAGCUGACGCAGCUCAAGAACUUCAGGUUCAUCGACUUGUCUCAUAAUACUGAUCUCUGCGAAUCCGAUCCCAGCGCCAUUGGAUUGCUUCGAAGGUAUCUUCCUAACAUGGAAUCUCUCAGACGGCUUCAUCUCGCAGAUGUGGCCAUGUCCUCUGAGCAAGCUAUCGCCCUAGCAGAGAUUCUACCCGAGAUCAAGACUUUAGCCCAUAUUAAUCUGCUGGAAAAUCCGAGGAUGGUUAAUUUGGCGGAUGCCAAAACAGAGGAGACACAAGAGGAGGCAUGCGCCUUGUAUGCCUCGCUUCUGGCAGCAUCUCGCGUCUCGGAUACCCUUGUCAAGAUUGACAUCGACUACCCCAGCGCGGAGUCGGGCGAGAUCAUUAAGGCUUUAGCCAAUCAGGUUGUGGCCUACUGCUUGCGAAACAUGCGUAUGGCACCGGAUCUAUUGGACUCUGCGUCGGGCGAACAAGUUCCUCGCCACAUCAGAUAUCCAGAUGUACUCCGCCACCUUGUUGGUCAUGAAGAAGAUUCAUCGAACGUCGAGUCGGAUGACGACGAUGUCAGUGUCGGCCCUGACGAAGACUAUGUCAUUGGCGGCACAGGCGUCGUCAAGGCACUGGCGUGCUGCUUGGAGAACCGUGGUGAUGAUUCCGGACGACAGUCGGGCGAAUUUGUCAGAGAUCUGGAGAUCACUCCCACAACUCCGGUAUCGUCGGGCAAAGCGAAGGACAUGUCAAAGAAUCUGCUUGCCAGCGCACGGAAGAUUCGUAUUCGAUUGCAACCUGCUCUAGUCAAAGCCAAGGCUUCGUCUAGAGAGGACAUCAAUACUUACACUCGCCUCGUGUUCCUUGAUCAAACUAUAUCCGGCAUCAUUAACCGCUUUGAGGACGAGUACCCUGAGACUCGACUCCUCAUUACGCCCCCACAUGCGGCAGCCCUGGUUCCCGAACUUGGCACAUCUCUUUCUUCCACCGAAGGUGAUGACGCAGUUUUCCUCUCCGACACGGAAGAACUAGAAACUGAGCUGCGGCCACCCUCUCGCUCACGGUCCAACUCGAUGGUGUCCACGUCCAAGGCGCUCGCCGAGGAAGAAGGCCACGCUCUGCGCGUGGGUCACAAGUUCCGUCGUGGGUUUUUGCGCGAAGAACAUAACGAGAUCUUCACGAACCCUGAGUACUUCAUUGACCCGGACCACGUGCGCAGUCUGGAAGGUGUGGUUGACGAUAUUGCAACUGAGGACGAGGAUAUCAGGAAGAAAACCGAGGAGCUGGGCGCCAUGCGUACGUUCCAGGAGAACAAGGAAGAUAUCAUGAAGAGGUUGCGCGACAAGGAUCCCGUUUACUGGGAUAGGUUCAUCGAAUCCCAACAUAAAGCUCGCGCCAACGUGCUGGUUGAUGUUAAUGGAGCGAAGGAGGACACGCCGCCUGCGAAAUUAGCCGACGAAAGUGCAAUCGCAGACUAA